UAUUGGGCGAACGAUUUUGCGAAUCUAAAUUGGACGAGCGGCGCAGGGGGGCAGUAUAAGGUAGAUUGGAACAACGGCUUUGGAGGAGAUUUUGUGGUUGGAAAAGGUUACAGGCCAGGGGGUAACAUCUUAUUCAAUUACUCAGGAUCUUUUGAGGUCUCUGGUAAUGCAUACCUUUCCCUCUAUGGAUGGACCACCAACCCGCUUGUCGAGUACUAUGUGAUUGAGUCGAUGGGCAGUCAUAAUCCUUCGGACAAUGCCAGUGCGACUCGAUACGGUAUGGUUGAAACCGAUGGUGGAAGCUAUGAAAUCUGGUCAAAGAUACGGACAAAUGCCCCCUCUAUAAUCGGUACUGCGACUUUUCCUCAAUAUUGGUCGAUCCGGACAAAGAUGAGGUGUGGAGGCACCAUCAACACUAGCAACCACUUCAAGGCGUGGGAGUCCGUUGGAUUGGAGUUGGGCGAUCAGAACUAUAUGGUAAUAGGUAUCGAGGGACAGCUGGGCCGCGGUAAGGCAGAUAUUACGGUUGGC